UAACAAGGACCCACUUUUUAAAAUGUUGCUACUUUUUCUUUGGUACUUGAGAAAUGAGUGUAUUUGCUCCCUUACGUCUAAAAGCUUUAUGUUUUUUUUUUUUAAUUUCGAUAAAGAGUCGAGAAAUUCAAUCCUCUAACUUUUAAGGAGUUAAACGUUCAUGUCAUCAUUUUUAAAAGGAGUCGAGUAAAACGGGCGAAUAAGUUCUAAAAAUUGUUUCUGUUGUCUUUUAGACAAUGUAACUAAAAGCUAGAUAUCAAGUUGAUUUCGUAAUGUCCAAAGCAUGAAUAAAGUGUUGAGGAGACACAAAGAUAAAAUUGAAAGAAGUUUGUCAAUCUUUUCAACCAAAGACUUAUUUAUUCAUGUGGUUAAAGCUUGGGGCAAUAAGGAUCGCAUCAUCUUCAGACACUGGUCAAACUUUUUACACAUUGGGAGAGGGAAAUCGAAAGAAUUCCUUUGGUUUUUUCACCUAUUCCUUUUGACCAAACCAAAGACACACAAGAAAAGAAAAGAAAGGAAAGAAGCAAAUGUUGACAGAACAAUGUGGCUGCAGGCCCAUGAUACAAAAGAAUCUAUCCUCUCUUUCUCUCUUUUUCCUUUGUGGUUAUGAGAGCAAGAAUGUCUUUUCCUCGGUAAACUUCCAACCCACUAAAACACAUUCCUGUCAUUUUCAUUCUCAUAUCAAUUCUCAUUGUUCUUUGUGUAUAUGGAGAGUGAAAGAGAGAGAGAGGCCUAAAAAUGGAAGAAGAGUUUCACGGUAGACCAGCCGAAGGAUUGCAACUGCAAUGCUACAGUGCAAGGAUCAUGUCCCCGGAAAUCGUCGAGAUUGGAGAGGAAAGCAAGACUAUUAUCAGUAGCAGAGAUAGUGGUGCAAACGACGUCUAUGUCGCCGUUGGUAAAGAUGAUAUAGAUGUCCUCAAAUGGGCCCUUGAUCAUGCUGUCUCACCUGGUUGUUGUGUCUUUCUUGUCCAUGUUUUCCCUCCUCUCACCUACAUCCCUACACCAGUUGGAAGAUUAGCGAGGAGCCAACUGAGCCAAGAACAAUUGAGAGUGUAUAUCAAUGAAGAAAACAACAGAAGAAGAAAUCUCUUGCAGAAAUACAUCCGCUUAUGUACUGAUGCCAAGGUGACAGUUGACACAUUGCUUCUGGAGAGCAACACGACAGCAAAAGCAAUCCUUCAACUCAUUCCUGUUCUCAACAUCACCAAUCUGGUCAUAGGAACCAAAAAGCCACUUUCCACCAGGCUACUGGGGAAAAGAAUGGCAAAAGGAGAAUUUGUGAAGAAGAAUGCACCAGAUUUCUGUGAGGUUACCAUUGUUUACGAGGGCAGAAAAGUGGAUGAUCGUCAGCAGGAAAUGGGGUUGCUUCCUUCAUCUCAAGCUUCCGAAUGCCGUCGCCGGCGCUCCGGCAAGAACUUGUUCGAGUGGGUUUGCUUGUCGAGCAGGUCGGGCAGCGAUUGAUGUGUUCUGUUUAUGCAAUGAACAACAAUAACAGGAGCAAACCAAAGAGAGAAGAUCACCAUUUUUACAAAUUUACUUACUUUUUCUUGUUUGAAUCAACGAUUGAAAAUCUGAUCAAACGCUACAGAUAAUCCCAGAUCAGCUAGCUUGUAUUUAGCGGAAGCAGCAAUCGAAAUGAAAUGAAUUAUGCAUAGAAA